CUGGACGGUUCACCCUGGCUGUCAAAGAUGCUCGCGAAGCGCUGAUAUUGAGGGCGGACAAAGCUAAUGAUCGCGGCUGGAUGAGUCUGUUCUUCUUUGUACAGAAAGAUUCCCUAGGUUCUGAGGGUGCGUUUCUUGAAGAGAGUUUACACAAAGAUAGAAAGACUAUCCCACUGAGCUAUGGUCCGAACUCUGAAGGAAGGACUGCCAGAAUUUUAUCUAUAACCACCGCCGAGCGGACCUUUGGGAAUCUAGUGGCUGAUAACAAAGUCUCCGUAGACGAUUCAGACCAUGAAUCAGAAGCUUCAAGGGGUGGAGG